AUGAGUGACCUAUCCAUGCCCACAGAUCCCCAGCCUAGCAGUGCACCUCGGGCUCAGCCUCUCCUCCCCCUUCCCCCUGUGGCUUCAAGAGCAGGGCUGGGCGUGUGGAGGCAGACUCUGCCCGGCUCCAGCAGAGCAGCUCAGGACAGCCGGUCCCGCGGACAGCUGACAGGCAGCGGACAGCCGACAGGCUCCCAGACGGCCGACCACAACUGCGCCCACAUCCAUCCCGCGGCCCCCGAGCGGCCCUCCACACCGCCCCGGACGGCCCCGACCCCUGAGCCUCUGAGCACCCCACUUUUCUCCCCCUCCCCCCGUUCACCCAGAAGGACAGACGGACCCUCGUGCAAACAGGCGGACCGACAGAGCGCCCCUCCGAGGCCCACAGCUCCCGCUUCAGCUCUAGUUCCGCCCCGCCGAAGCCCGCGGAACCCCCGCAGAAGCCCGCAGAAGCCCCGCGCAGCCCCAGCCUGCCAUGGGUUGGCUCCUACCUGUCACCCUCGGUUGCAUCAGCCUCCUGAGCCUCCCGCUCCCGAGAGCGCUGUCCCGGCGCCUGGGACCUCACCCGCUGCUGGCCCGGCCCAGGGAUCCCCCAGAUGGACUAUACGCCCAAGACCUCGAGUCCCGGGCUGUGAUGAAUGUGGCUCUGGUGGGCCAGCCAGGCUCCCAUCUGGGACCCCUUGUGCAUCGCCCUCAACACCGACUCCAUCUGCGACACCCCCAUGGAAGGCUCCCAGGCCGCAAGGGCAAGGGCCGGGGCCGGGGCCGCAGGCACACCCGGCGCCACCACGCCCAGCUCAUGAGAGUAGGCUGUGUGCUAAGCACCUGUCAAGUGCAGAAUCUCAGCCACCGCCUGAGGCAGCUCAUGGGACAGUCAGGGAGGCAGGAUUCAGCCCCCAUGAACCCCAGGAGUCCCCACAGUUAUGGCUGAGCAACCAACCAUGCCCCUACAGCCCCACCAAGACCCCAGAGCCCACCACAGGGUCCCCCUAUGUCAGGGACCUACUUUCUAGCUGUGUGACCCUGGCCAAGUCACUGUCCUCCCUGAGGUUUGAGCUUCCUCAUGAAUCAAAUGGGGAUGAGCAUUAAUACUGACACAAGUCACCUCGUUGGGGUAUUGGGAGGAAGUGCUUUGGAAACCUUAAACCCCAAGAAAAAUGGGAUUUAUUUUGUUAUUGUUGUUUGUUAGUAACAUUGUCGGGCUCUGACCCAGAUGGGAACCCAAACCCAUGCCCCAACCUGUACCAGACCAAGGUCUCCUCCCACACUUCACUCUCCGACUGGGCGCUUUAAAAGUCUUUGAGUUCAGCCCUCAUUUUACAGAUGGGGAGACUGAGACCCAGUCUCCAUAACCCCUGAGGAGGCUUUCUAUUGGGGCUUGGGAAGUUCCCUCUAACCCCAGGGAGAUGUUCAGGAGCCCUUAACCUGGAGGAAGAUGUUCAGGGUCCCCUCCCUCUGGGGAGACACCCCUUAAGCCCCAAGGAGACUCCCUGGUUCUCUUGCCCUUGAAAACCUGACAACUGUCUCAUGACUCAAGGACUAAGCAGAGGGGACAUACUGAGGCACUGGGGAGCUGUCCAGAACCCUUCCAAUCUGGGAGGGCUAUGUCAGGGGCCUCCCCAAUUCUAGGAAAGAUGCCAUCCCCUCUCAAACACCUAAGACUCUUUAACCCUGAUGGAGGGAGAUACUGGGGGUCCCCCUCACCCCAGGAUGCUACCUGGGGGAUGCCUAGGACCCCCAACACAGGCCCACAGCCUCCUUGAUUUCACGAAGAUAGCCAGGAAUCCCCUCACCUCCCUGGAGAGAGGGAGGAGAUGCCUAGGAAUCUCUCAGCACCAAGGGCCUUGCCCAGAACCUUCUAGGGCCCAAUGGGUCUCUCAUCCCCUUGAGCAGCAUUCCCAGGUGCUUCCAGGUCCCUCCUGCCUAGCUGGGGGCGUGGGUGGAGAAUGGGACUCCUGGGGUCAGCUGGAAAGGCAUAAAUUAUUCUUUGUAGAUGCAUAUUCAACUAAAGCUAGCUUUGUGCAUUCA